CGUCUCCCAGUUCACAAGCGCUUGUUUACUUGCGCUGUGGAGAUGCGCCAGUAGGCAGCUUGAGUGCACGAACCGCUUCUUGCCGUAUGCAUCCGUCUUCGGGAGCAUUGGGGAGGAGGAGGGUCCAUUAUGAGGGGCGAUCUCCUUGCAGUCCACAUACAGGGGAAGAGCUGCGAUGGAGCUUUAAAUUGAGGGUCAGGAUGCGCUCCCUGAGGACGACAGUGUUGUUCGGUAUCCUGGUGUCAGUGGGCUUGGUUCUGGCUCUCAUCCACACGUGGCCCACCCGAGCCUACACAACAAUCGAGGUCUGGCAGCGACCUGGUGUCCUAGAUGAGAGGCAUCUGGAGGACCGUCUCCCGGAACCUCAUCCGCACUUGAGCACCAUCCCCUUUCAUGUGCGCGAGAGUGUGGCAGGCUUGUUGGCACGCAACGGAUGCGUUUGUGAGAGCGAAGGAGUGACCCUGCCUUUCCUCCAAAUUUUAUCGUCACGGGUGUCAGCUCGCCCGCUUCACACGGCCUUCCAGGCCAGCGAGCUGGAAGAGGUGAAGAAGAGACGAGACAAGGAGUUCAAAAGCCUCCAGAAAAGGUUACAGACAUCUGCGGAUGUGCUCGUGAUUGCCGAGGCAAAUAACCCGUUACAGUAUCCAACGCAGGGCGUGGAGGUGCGGCCUCUCAAAACGAUCAUCAUCCCAGGAUUGGCUUUACAGGAUCUUCCCAAAGACCACUACUCAAUAAAUCUGACCGCCACGUUGGGGACGUUGAAUGUUGCCGCAGAGGUGGACGGGGUUAAAAUCCAAGGUGAUGGCGAGAUGCACAUGACGUUGUCAAGCAGCCUUCUGCCCCAACUAAACCGACAGCUGCAGUUUGUCACGUACACCAACACGCUGUUCCAUCCCAAUACGGCGGACACAGUGCAUUUUGAGACAGAGGGCCAUCAAGCCAACUUCAUCAUCAAAAUCCGCCAUGGUGCAACACCUAAACUGUACAACACAGGAACUGAAGGAGAGUACAACAUCAGUGCUCUGGUUACCAUAGCAACAAAGACUUUCCUGCGUUACGACAAGCUUCAGAACCUCAUCGACAGCGUGAGGAAAUACUAUCCAACCGUCACUAUUAUUAUAGCGGAUGACAGUCAAAAUCCUCAAAGCAUUUCUGGGCCCUAUAUUGAACAUUACAUCAUGCCUUUUGGAAAGGGCUGGUUUGCUGGUCGGAAUCUGGCCAUUUCCCAAGUGACCACCAAGUAUGUGCUGUGGGUGGAUGAUGAUUUCAUCUUCACCAGCAAGACCAAGUUGGAGAAAUUUGUGGAUGUUUUAGAGAGAACCACUUUGGACCUGGUGGGCGGUGCAGUUCGUGAGGCCACAGGAUAUAGCACCACCUACAGGCAGACCAUAUCCGUUGAACCCGGGGAAGAGGAUGGCGACUGUUUGCACUUGAGGAGAGGGUUUCAUCACAUCAUCCAAGGCUUCCCCAACUGCGUGGUGACUGACGGGGUGGUUAACUUCUUCCUGGCUCGGACCGACAAAGUGCAGCAGGUCGGUUUUGACCCGCGCCUCAACCGGGUAGCCCACCUAGAGUUUUUCAUCGAUGGUCUCGGAUCACUCCACGUGGGUUCUUGCGAUGACGUCAUUGUCAGUCAUGCCAGCAAAAUCAAGUUCCCCUGGGCCAGCCAAUCAGAAAGCGACAAGGCCUACGCCAAGUUUCGUUACCCAGCGGCUUCCUCUGACGCCUCGCAAAGCAAACUUGGCCUCCUUUUCUUCAAGAACAGAUUUCAGUGUUUGACUCGUGGUGAUUAAUUUGCUUUCUCCCUCACAUCCCGAUUUGCCAAAGAGGACACGAGGAUGCUUUUGUUGAUUACAUUUUUGUUGGUGCCAUGGAAUGGAUUCAGCGAGUAUUUACCUGCAUACUACAAACAGUAUAAAGACAUGUCUUUUUGUUUACAAAGACCAAACGUGAAGCCUGGACAUUUUAUUUGAGAAUUCCAACUCAAAAUCUAGAUGGUUCACUUUAUCUUUGUGGCUGGUCAAAAGGAACAUCUCUCACAAAGGGACAAUUCACACAAUGGAAACUGCAGAUAUGUGGUCCCUAAUAUCGCGACCACUUUGGCCACCCUUCUCCACGAAGCGACAUUGCGGAACUUGAGAAGCUGUUUUCCAUCAUCACUCCUACCUGAAAACAUGUGCAAGCUAAUGUGUGUGUCAUGCGUGGGUGUUCAAAUUACACCCUUCAAAAGCAAAAUUUAAUGACUUUGUGUCCCUAAAUGUAUUUUUUAUGCCAAUUGAAAAAAAGUGUUUAUUUUCUAGCACGUCACGUAUUGGAGAUAUUUCCAUUUCCUGCUUUUAAGUUCGACCUAAAAAAAAAAAAGCAACAUUUUAAAUGUGUGAUUUAUAACUGAGGUUUCUGAACAAAAAUCCACCCGUGGCUGCACCUCAUCUGAAAUGCAUGUUUAAAAACGGAAUGAAGCAGAUUUAAAGAUCAAAUUACAUUACACUGCAAAUCAUUUUUUGUUAGUACUAAUUACUUCUAUUGCCAAUGCAUUUAUGAUUCCUCAAGUGGAUAUUUAUUUCUUUAUAUAUUUGUAUUAUUUAUUUAUAUAUUUAUUUAUUUAUACCAGUCUUUAAAGGCUGCUGCUGUUGUGUCACUGUAGUUUGAUGACUAGACUUAAUUGUAGACUUUGCAAGCUAGCGCACGGUUGCCAUUGACAAGACUUUUUUUUUUUUUUCCCCACGAGACACUGACUGUAAUUGUAUUUUUGUUUUCAGGUAAGCAGAAAUGAUUUUAGAUUUGUAACAGCUUACAGUACACAACUCAUCAAGUCAAAAUAUCGGUUUCCAUCAGAAUAUUUUGCAUUAUUAUCUGUUGCUAGUUUUAUGACUAUUUUUGCAAUAUUACUACUAUAAUUAUGUCUUAUAACCUGACAACUCUAUUCUCGCACCUUUGCCACUUUUUCCACUGAAUUAAUACCCCUUUGUACAAUACAAACUGGGUCGUUAUAAAUAAUUUUUGUUUCCAAAUGCUGUGACAUACUACAAUGUAUGU